GUCCCAACCAGCCCAGUCCUGUCGUGUGCUCUCCCUGGGUUCAGCCUCUGCCCUGUGUUUUUUGCAAAGACUAGCGUCUGAAGCUCUGCCCUGGGAGGUCUCAUGGAGCAGUCCAGGGGUGCCAUGGGCAGCAUUGCCCCGUGGAUGUGCCCCACUCGGGCCACCCCGCGCUGAGUCUGAGGCCCAUCCACACGCCGUCCACCAUGUCUCAGAUGCUACACAUCGAGAUCCCCAACUUCGGGAACACUGUGCUUGGCUGCCUCAACGAGCAACGGCUGCUGGGCCUCUACUGCGAUGUGUCCAUCGUGGUCAAGGGCCAGGCCUUCAAGGCCCACCGGGCCGUGCUGGCCGCCAGCAGCCUCUACUUCCGCGACCUGUUUAGUGGCAACAGCAAGAGUGCGUUUGAGCUGCCAGGCACGGUGCCACCUGCCUGCUUCCAGCAGAUCCUGUCCUUCUGCUACACAGGCAAGCUCACCAUGGCGGCCAGCGAGCAGCUAGUGGUCAUGUACACAGCCGGCUUCCUGCAGAUCCAGCACAUCGUGGAGCGUGGCACAGACCUCAUGUUCAAGGUGAGCUCGCCCCACUGCGACUCGCAGACCACCAUGAUUGAGGACGCCAGCUCCGAACCCCAGAGUCCCUGCAACCAGCUGCAGCCGGCUGCUGCCACCUCCGCCACCCCCUACGUCGUGUCCCCCUCUGUGCCCAUCCCGCUGCUGACCCGUGUAAAGCAUGAAGCCAUGGAGCUGCCGCCAGCUGCAGGCCCAGGCCUAGCUCCCAAGCGCCCGCUGGAGACGGGGCCCCGGGACGGCGUGGCGGUGGCGGCUGGCGCGGCCCCUCUCAAGCUGCCCCGAGUCUCCUACUAUGGGGUGCCCAGCCUGGCCACCCUCAUCCCCAGCAUCCAGCAGGUGCCCUACCCCCAGGGGGAGCGGACCAGUCCGGGGGCCAGCAGCCUACCCACCACCGACAGCCCCACCUCCUACCACAAUGAGGAGGAGGAGGAGGACGACGAGGCCUACGACACCAUGGUGGAGGAGCAGUAUGGCCAGAUGUACAUCAAGGCCACGGGCAGCUACGCAGUGCAAGAGAAGCCAGAGCCAGUGCCACUGGAGAGCCGCUCCUGCGUCCUCAUCCGCCGUGACCUUGUGGCGCUGCCCGCCAGCCUCAUCAGCCAGAUUGGGUACCGCUGCCACCCCAAGCUGUACUCGGAGGGCGACCCUGGGGAGAAGCUGGAGCUGGUGGCAGGCUCCGGGGUCUAUAUCACACGUGGCCAGCUCAUGAACUGCCACCUCUGUGCAGGGGUGAAGCACAAGGUCUUGCUACGGAGACUCCUGGCCACCUUCUUUGACAGGAACACUCUGGCCAACAGCUGCGGCACAGGUAUCCGCUCGUCCACCAGUGACCCGAGCCGCAAGCCACUGGACAGCCGGGUCCUGAAUGCUGUGAAGUUGUACUGUCAGAACUUCGCACCUAGCUUCAAGGAGAGCGAGAUGAAUGUGAUCGCGGCGGACAUGUGCACCAACGCUCGUCGCGUCCGCAAGCGCUGGCUGCCCAAGAUCAAGUCCAUGCUGCCGGAGGGCGUGGAGAUGUAUCGCACCGUCAUGGGCGCCUCGGCUGCCAGCCUGCCCCUGGACCCCGAGUUCCCGCCCGGCGCUGCACAGGUGUUCGAGCAGCGCAUCUAUGCUGAGCGGCGGAGCGAUGCAGCCACCAUCGUGGCUCUGAGAACUGAUGCUGUGAAUGUGGAUCUGAGCGCUGCUGCCAACCCUGCCUUCGAAGCCAGCGAGGAGACCGAUGGGGCUGGCUCCGUCAUCCAGGAGGUGGCCGCCCCUGAGCCGCUGCCCCCUGAUGGCCAGAGCCCCCCGCAGCCCUUUGAGCAGGGCAGCACCAGCUCCAGCAGGCCCCAGACGCCAGCAGCCGCAGCCACAAGAAGGCCGGAGGGCACCUAUGCAGGGACUUUGUAAGGGCCCGCGUGGCCACUCACAAGGGACCGAGUACUAGAGCUGCUUGCAUGCGUUACUAAUACAGACAAAUGUGAUCAAGCCACUUACCUACUGAACUGCUACUGCUGCCUGACAAAAAUGUGAUUUUUAUUCUGCCUGUAUUUAAAUGGAUGAAGGAAACAAACGCAUCGUUAUACUGUAAACAGCUAGGCCGCUGGCCACGCUCUGGGAGAAGGGCCCAGGGCUCCUCUGAUACCCGCCAGGUCAGUCUCCUAUUGUAGCUUUCCCCUCCCGCUUCUUGGGGAGGGGGCCAGAGGCCCAGGCCCCCAUGCCCAGCCCUGCCCCUGCCUCGCCCACCUUCCUGCUCCUCCUGCCCCAGAAGGGGAAGUUGGGCAGUAGGGGCCUGUGACAGGUGGGCACACGACACUCCGUUUCUUAUCAUGGGGACCCCACCAGGGCUCUGGGGCAGCACUGGGCCCCCAGGGGCCAAAAUCCCUUUUUUCCUUCUUCCUAAGACACCGCCUGUAUGGGUGUGUGCAUGUGUGUGCGUGCGUAUGUGUGUGUGUGAGUGUGUGUGUGUGCAGGGACCAGCGGUGGUGGUGCAGAGGUGGCUAUUAGUCACCUGGGGUAGGGGAAGAGCCCUAAUUCCCACCACUACCACCACCACCAUGUCCUCCCUCUGCCCACCCUUGGCCCUGUGGCUCCUUGGUUCACCUGAAGCCCCAGGGGCUGGCCUGCUGACCCCAGGGCACCACUGGCUUCAGCCUGGCUACCUGCCAUCCCAUGGGGUAGGGCUGCCACCCUGUGCCCACCAUGGGACACACGCGGCUGGUCUUGCCCUCGCUACCCUGACUCCCCAGCCACUCUGGGAUUUUUACUUGUUUAGUGUUUCUGUUUAGUUCAGAUCUGUUUCAUAUAUUGGAAAUUUUCAGACCCAAAAGAGCAAAAAAUUGGGGAGGGACGGUGUCGCUAGCCCCAGCCUACUGCUCACUGGGGAUGAGUCCAUGCCAUGUUCCCCCAGCCCGGGCCAGGGUCCUGUCACCUCCUCUUGGAGAUGGGGCCCCAGGUAAGUGCAGCCAGAAUGUGUGAGGCCAAACUCAGGGGUCCUGGGGGCUCUGCUGGGCAGGCACAGCCACCUGGGCAGGGCCAGGGUGGAAUGGUCCCUGCUGUGCCCCUCACUCAUGCCCUGGGUGACUCUGGGUGUCCAAGGCUGCUGGGUGGGCAGCAAGCUCAGACCUGAGCUAGGGCAGGUUGCAGGUGUGGAUUCCAGGUGGACUGGAGGGUCAAGAGACCACAGGGGCAGGUGGGGGCGGUGGAGAGGGCCAUGGAGGCUAGCUGGCCUGCUGGAGGCUAGAGUGCUCGAUUUGACCUUGAAGUGCUGACCUCUAUAUGGUAGGGCUCACAGAGCCAUUUGCCCAGGAGUCUCUUCCUCUGCCUUGUCCAGGAACUGCCUGCAGACCCAGGCCACUCCCAGUGUGGCCAGGGACCCCCAUGCCGAGACUUGAAGGGUCUGUUGCUCCCUCCGUCCAUCCUGAACUCAGCUGCCCCCUCCUGUAUGCACUCGUGGGCAGGCUCUCCCAAGCUGCAGUGCUGGGCACUGGGUCCCUCAUGGGGAGCUGGGGCUCCUCCCACCAGGCCCCUUGUUUCCAUGUGGAGGAGUUGGGGAGACCUCACAGGGGGCCCCUCAUACACUGGCCCAGCAUGCCUCUGCCCUCCAUGGAGAUCCAGUGACUUUGGAAAGGGAGCAGGAGGACCAGGGUUGGGCACCACGGGAUCUGGCCUUGGCCCCUCUACCUGCCCCUUGGGGCCUGAGUCCCAGGAGACCCAAAGCCUGCAUUCCUGGGGUGCUGGGUGGCUGCAGGACCACUCCUACCAGCACCUAGAACCUUCAGGCCUAGAGGUGGGCUCCCUCUGCCUGUCUCCUCCCCUUGGGCUCUUGUGGGUUGGAGUCUCCAGGGUGUCCUCUGAGAACCUGGACCAAGCCUUCUUGGCACUGGGAGGAGGCCAGGGCCAGUAGAGGGAUGUUGGGUGAGGUUGAGCUUCGCCCUGGUUUCUCUGAGUUUUUCCUUCAUCUGCAGCCCCCACCCCCCGAUUUGCACUUUAAUUUGACCAUCCCUGGGGACCUUUGGGAGGUGGACCCACUUGUCCUGGCUGUUGACAGAAGGGCUCUCUCUCUCUCCCUUCCACUCCAAAGUGGGCACGGUCCCCCACCCUGGGCCAGCACAGGGAGGGUGCCACUGGCCACUAGAGGAGGUGGUGGCCGCACAGAAUGCCUGACCACUGCUCGGGCUAGCACAAUGUCCUGUGACCUCUGUCCCUUAAUUGUUUAUAAUCGCCGUCUGUUUUGUUCUGGGUAAGGAAGGCAAGAGCUAUAGGUAAAACUUAAAUAAUAAUAAUUAAAUGUGAAUGGGUUCUGAGCUCUCCCUGUGCCCCAGGUGGGCCAGGCCGAGCGUUUUGCACUAAUGUGUCCACAGGGGACAUGGUCGGGAGCGUUUGCAGACGUGCGUGGCCGAUGACUGUACCUGCCGGGGGCGCUCCCUCCGCAUCCUGAAUGUACCGCGGGGCAGGCGGGCGGGCGGGCAGCGGGCCUGGGCUCGGAGGGGCCUUCCAGAGUGCCUUAGCAUCUUUUGAUCAUUUUUCCCAAGGAAAACCAAUUAAGAAAACCGGACCCUCCCCCCUCCUUUGUUUACAAGAUGACUAAUUCCAGAAUCGGGGGCUGUCUUGUCCUGCGCGCGUGACCCUGACUCAUCCAGACCCUGUAGACCAGAGACGAGCCACUCAGUAUUUAUGAGAUGUCUGCACCUUUAUUCCCAAGCUUGACUACUAGCAAUACGCAUAUACUAUAUAGAGUCUAUUAUAGAGCUAAGUUAUAUUGGCGCCUUUUCCAGGAGGACAGUCGGGACUGGACCGCAUUGGAGCUGCUGAGGCAGGUGGCCAGCCUGGGGGUCCAGCCACCACUCUGCCCUCCCCUGCCCUUCCAGAGGGGACAACCCUGGAGGCAGCUGGGACAAGUGCAAAAGGUCCAGAGGAAGGGGCCAGAGACGGGACAGAUACUGUGAGCUGGGAGGGGCGGUCCGCCUGGCCGGCACCUUGGUACUUGAAUUCUGUCUUGUUUUCUGCACCAGGUCUGCUCACCGAGUUCUCUGUGGUCGCUUCAGUUUGCAUCUGAUUUGGUGUCUUACUUUUGCCCUGAUUGUGGAUGCAGCUGUGUGAGAGGCCAGCAGGGAGGGACCCUCCGGGGACCCUGCAAUGCAUGACUGCUGGGCAGGUAGAGGGGAACCGGCUGUGUGGUCUCAUUCUCCCCCCACUGAAAACCAUCCUUCCUGGCUUCCCGGUAUCUGUUCAGAGCCAGAGAAGGGCUAAGGAAGGACCUAGGAGGGGCCUGUGGCCAGCUGCUGUAUUGGGGCAAGCCUGGUCCUGUUCAACAGCUGGUCUUUUGGCCCAGCCUCCCCGUUGGGUCCUGCUUGGGCCCCCCAGGGGCUCUUCUUAUGGAAGUGUCUUUGCCCAAGUGGGAGAAACCUGUUUGCCUCUGUCAGCAGCCAGACCUACUGGGAAGGGGACAUGGAGAAUCCUCUCAGCUUUAACUACUGUUUGAGAAUGAUGCUGCCUGUUCCUGUCAGCCAGCCAGCUCCGUGCGGCCACCGCGCGCAGGGCUUGCUACAAGAUGUUUCUAAAAUGGCAAAGGUGUUUUGCUUUUGUUUGUUUGUUUUGUUGUUUUAAAAAAGAAGGAAAAUCAUGCAGAAUCUAAAGCAUUCAGAUUGGAUGACCUGCUUGUGUUCUGAUCAGUUGCCUCCGUUGUUAGGGUUUUGCACACGAUUGUGAUUUUUAUGUCAAAAGAAGCCAAAACUUGCAAUACUAUUUUUAGCAGACAAAAAAAAAAGAACUAAGUAUAAAAUGUAUAAAUAUUUUUGACUUGAACGUUUGGAUGGCACCGGGUGCAAAGAGAACAUUCAUCCUUUCGACAGAAUGUUUGGAGGAAAGACUUGAAGAGGAGACAGUUGUUUGAAAGGAUCUGUCUGGGGGUUAAAGUAGUACUGUAACUCACGACUGUUAACUAAGGCACGGAGGUCACUCGUUGUGCUGUCCAGGGCUCCACAGAGCCAGAGUCUUGGCCGGGAGAGCCUGCUGUGUCCUUCCUGCCUUCCUCAGCCCUUCCCUGCUGUUCUCCCUAGCGACCAGACUGUUACUUUGUAGCCAUGGCUGACAACAUUGUAUCAAUAACUAAACCGACAGCAAUGUGCGCAAGCGACCAGGGAACCCCGAGGGCUUCGAGCGAGCGUGCUCAGAGCCGUGUCACACGGCAGAAGUCCACGACAAAACGAUGUCAUCGUUAACUGUAAAGCGCUUUGUAAAAUUCACAUUUACAGAAUAAUAAAGUCAGUUCAAACCCAUG